UUAAAAAAGGAUGAAUCAUCAAGUCAUGAAUGCAACCAGCGCAUGAUACUUCUUUAUGGUGUUGGCAAGGAACGUGAAGAGGCAAGGCAUCAACUGAAGAAGAUUACCAGAGAUAUCCUGAAAAUCUUAAAUAAGAAAAGCACUUCUGAAAUGAGUGGUGGUGAUGAAGGUCCAAAAGUCAGGAAGAACAAGCAAGAGGCAUUUCCAACUUUAGAGACUGUAUUUACAAAACUUCAGCAGCUCUCUUACUUCGACCAGCAUCAAGUGACAAGUCAGAUCUCCAACAAUGUUCUGGAGCAGAUUACUAGUUUUGCAUCAGGAACAUCAUACCAUCUUCCACUAGCUCAUCACAUAGAAUUUAUCUUUGAUCUAAUGGAACCUGCUUUAAAUAUUAAUGGACUUAUUGACUUUGCUGUUCAGCUGCUGAAUGAGCUGAGUGUGGUGGAAGCUGAACUACUGCUGAAGUCAUCCAGCCUGGCAGGAAGUUAUACAACUGGACUGUGUGUUUGCGUUGUGGCUGUGCUAAGGCAUUAUCAUGCUUGCCUCAUUUUGAAUCCAGAUCAAACUGCUCAGGUUUUUGAAGGAUUAUGUGGUGUUGUCAAACAUGUAGUCAAUCCAUCAGAAUGCUCUUCCCCUGAAAGAUGUAUUUUAGCUUAUCUGUAUGAUCUCUAUGGGUCCUGUAGCCACCUUAGAAGCAAAUUUGGAGACCUUUUCAGUAGUGCCUGUUCAAAGGUAAAACAGACUAUAUAUAGCAAUGUUCAACCUUCAAAUUCCAAUUUGUUAUGGGAUCCUGAAUUCAUGUUGGAUUUUAUUGAGAAUCCCUCCAUUCGCACCCUCAAAUAUUCAGUGUUGGGCAAGAUUCUGAGUGACAAUGCACCUAGUCGCUAUAGCUUUGUGUGUAAUGCACUAAUGAAUGUCUGCAUGGGCCAUCAAGAUGCAGGCAGAAUUAAUGAUAUUGCCAACUUGUGUGCAGAGUUAACUGCUUGCUGUACAGUGCUAAGUUCAGAAUGGUUAGGGGUCUUGAAAGCCCUUUGCUGUUCUUCAAAUCAUGUCUGGGGAUUUAAUGAUCUUCUCUGCAGCGUGGAUGUGAGUGAUCUGUCAUUCCAUGAUUCAUUGGCCACCUUUGUUGCCAUACUGAUAGCUCGACAAUGUUUUUUCCUUGAGGAUGUAGUUCAGCACGUGGCUCUUCCUUCUUUACUUACAGCCGCUUGUGGAGAUCCAGAUGCUGAGCCAGGAGCAAGGAUGACAUGCAGGCUUCUUCUACAUCUCUUUCGGACACCCAAGGUUUCCCUGUUGUCAAGUGAAAAAUGUUUCCCAGGAAUUCGGUCAUCUUGUGAUCGCCGACUUUUAACUGCUGCUCACAAUAGCAUAGAAGUGGGAGCAGUAUUUGCUGUUCUGAAAGCAAUUCUGAUGCUUGGUGACGCUGAAAUUGGAAGCAACAAUAUCCCCUCCUUGAAAAAUUCAGAUUACUCAGUGCAAAGUCUAUUGGGAGAUCUAAAUGAUGAUGAGAUAUGGGGUGCUGCCUCGCAGUCUUUGUGUGGAAAAACCAUUUCCAUUGAAACUGCUACUCUCAGUGAAUAUGCUAGAUAUGUACUAAGAAGCAUUUGUCAGCAGGAAUGGGUGGGGGAACACUGCUUGAAAGAACCUGAAAGGCUGUGUACCGACAAAGAUCUUAUCCUGGAUCCAGUUCUCUCCAACAAACAAGCACAGAAAUUGUUGCAGCUUAUCUGUUAUCCUCACAGUGUUAAAGAAUGUACAGAAGGGGACAAUCCUCAGAGACAACACAUCAAGCGCAUCCUUCAGAAUCUAGACCAGUGGACUCUCAGGCAAUCAUGGUUAGAACUUCAGCUAAUGAUCAAACAGUGUUUGAAGGAACCUGGUUCUGGGUCUGUGGCUGAAAUGAACAGCUUGUUGGAUAAUAUUGCAAAGGCGACAAUAGAGGUGUUUCAGCAAUCCGCUGAUCUAAACAAUAACUCUUCUAACUCUGGUAUAGGCCUCUUCAAUCCAAACUCUCUUGGAAACGCUGACACACAUAUUACAAGACCGAACUGUAAAAAGACAUUCCUAAGCUCUUCUGAACGACGAGGUGUCUGGUUAGUGGCUCCCCUGAUUGCAAAGCUGCCGACGUCUGUUCAAGGCAGAGUCUUGAAAGUAGCUGGAGAAGAGCUAGAGAAAGGCCAGCACUUGGGAUCAUCUUCAAAGAAGGAGAGAGACAGGCAAAAACAGAAGAGUAUGUCUCUUCUGAGUCAGCAACCAUUCCUGUCUUUGGUACUUACUUGUCUCAAGGGACAGGAUGAGCAGCGUGAAGGGCUUCUAACAUCUCUACAAAAUCAAGUUAAUCAGAUAUUAAGCAACUGGAGGGAAGAACGAUACCAGGAUGAUGUUAAAACUAGACAAAUGAUGCAUGAAGCAUUACAACUCCGUCUUAAUUUGGUGGGUGGAAUGUUUGAUACGGUGCAAAGAAGUACUCAGUGGACCACAGACUGGGCACUUUUACUCCUUCAAAUAAUAACAUCAGGAACAGUUGACAUGCAAACCAAUAAUGAAUUAUUUACAACAGUGCUUGACAUGCUGAGUGUGUUGAUCAAUGGAACUUUAGCUUCUGACCUCUCAAUUGCCUCCCAAAUGGGAUCUGAAGAGAACAAGAGAGCAUACAUGAAUUUGGUGAAAAAACUCAAAAAAGAACUAGGGGAUAAAUGUUCAGAAAGUAUUGACAAAGUUCGUCAGCUCCUGCCCUUGCCCAAACAGAUGUGUGACAUUAUUGCCUGUGAGCCUAUGGGAUCGUUGAUUGAUACGAAGGGAAACAAAAUUGCUGGAUUUGACUCCAUAGAUAAGAAACAGGGGCUCCAAGUCUCGAUGAAACAGAAAGUAUCCCCAUGGGAUUUAUUGGAAGGGAAUAAGACUCCUGCUCCAUUGUCUUGGGCUUGGUUUGGAACAGUUCGCGUUGAUAGGAAAGUAAUAAAAUAUGAGGAGCAGCAGCACCUUCUGCUUUACCACACACACCCUAAACCUAAGCCACGAAGUUACUACCUCGAACCUUUACCUCUUCCUCCUGAAGAGGAGGAGGAAGAAGAAGAGCCUACUACUCCUGAAUCUCAGGAACCAGAAAGAAAGUCAGCUGAGCUUUCCGAUCAGGGAAAACCUUUAGCAGAUGAAGAAAGAAAGGGGAAGGGCAGAAAAAGAAAGACAAAAUCAGCUUCCAAAACUGAUGAGUAUCCUCAGAACAAUGGAUGUAGAAUGGCUCCUAAUUUUUCACCACUUUCUUCUCAAAUGAUGCAUCACCCCCAGUCUGCUUUGUGGGGCUACAGUGUUAUAGGACAGCCCCCACAGACUGGUUACUUUGUCCAGAACCAGCCUCUUCCACCAGGUGGUUCCAGAUUGGAUCCCACAGGCUCCUUUGUCCAAAGCAACACAAAACAAGUGCUCUCUAACAUGCUGCAGAGACGUUCUGGCAAUAUGAUGCAGCCCCCAGCAAUUCACACUAUUACUUCACAGCAGCAGCAGCAGUUACUUCAGAUCAAGCUGCUCCAGCAACAACAGCAGCGGAUUCUGAGGCACCAGAGUCAGGCAAGACCUUUCAAACAGGGUCCAACAAUUGAACAGGCUGCUAUUUUUGCUCAACAAGUCCGCCCUUCUUCUCAGCUAACACAAUAUCCCGGGAUACAGCAGUCACAGACAAUUCCUCAUGGCUAUACAAUGUAUAGUACUCAGAUGUCAUUGCAAUCUCAACAGACAGGGGGCAUAGUUCUUUCACCUACCUACAAUCCUAGAUCAUUCCAACCAACUCAUUCCAGUCCAGUUCUAAUGGAAAGACUAAGGCAGAUGCAACAGCAGCCAAGUGGGUACAUUCAUCAGCAAGCAGCUACCUACCUUCAGCCUUUAGCAGGCAAUCAGCGUUCAAUACACCAGCCUUUGCAACAGAAUCACUUGGUUGGAGGGCCUCUGGAUGUGAUAUCAGCCACACCUUCCCAGGCAAACCUUUACUCAGUACAGAUGUCUCAGGAACAGAUGAGACAGAGGCAACAGCAAAUUCGGCAACAAAGAUUCCUUCAGUUGCAGCAGCAGCAGCAGCAGCAGAAUCAGCAGCAAAUUAUUAGCCUUCAAGCAAUGCAGCCCCAGCAACAAUCUUUCUUCCCAAGACAAGGUUUGCAGCAGACACAGCAGCAACAACAGACAGCUGCUCUUGUCAGACAACUCCAAAAACAGCUGUCAAGUAACCAGCCACAACAAGGUGUGAAUCCAUACAGUCAUCCUUCACACUUCUGAAUCUGAA